AGCCCCCUAUUUCAGCUCCCACUCAUGUAGCCCCCUCUUUCUCCCACUCAUUUAACUUCCACUGUCUCCCACUCAUUUAGCUAGCUCCCACUCAUGUAGCCCCCUUUCUCCCACUCAUUUAGCUAGCUCCCACUCAUGUAGCCCCCUUUCUCCCACUCAUUUAGCCUCUCUUUCUCCCACUCAUUUAGCUAGCUCCCACUCAUGUAGCCCCCUUUCUCCCACUCAUUUAGCUAGCUCCCACUCAUGUAGCCCCCUUUCUCCCACUCAUUUAGCUAGCUCCCACUCAUGUAGCCCCCUCUUUCUCCCACUCAUGUAGCCCCCUCUUUCUCCCACUCAUUUAGCUAGCUCCCACUCAUGUAGCCCCCUCUGUCUCCCACUCAUGUAGCCUCCUCUUUCUCCCACUCAUGUAGCCCCCUCUUUCUCCCACUCAUGUAGCCCCCUCUUUCUCCCACUCAUGUAGCCCCCUCUGUCUCCCACUCAUGUAGCCCCCUCUGUCUCCCACUCAUGUAGCCCCCUCUGUCUCCCACUCAUUUAGUUAGCUCCCACUCAUGUAGCCCCUCUGUCUCCCACUCAUUUAGCUAGCUCCCACUCAUGUAGCCCCCUCUGUCUCCCACUCAUUUAGCUAGCUCCCACUCAUGUAGCCCCCUCUGUCGCCCACUCAUUUGGCUUUUUUUCCUCCACCCAUGUAUCUUUCUCUUUCCUCUCACCUUUACAUAUUUGUCUCUCUCCUCAUUCUUUAUAUCUCUCACCCCCUUUCCUUUAACGCUCUAUUCCCCUCUCUAAACUCUCUUUUCUGUCCUUUCCCUACCCCAGCUGGUCUGUCCCCGCUCAACAAUCCGUCCAGCUCCAUCUUUCCCUUUAGAUCUCCUCUGUCUCCCCCUCAUCCGUCUCUCAGUUCUCCUUCCUCCAGCUCCCCUCUCUCUCUCUCCCCGUCUAGCUCUCCCUGUCUCCCUCCUCCAGUUCUCUUCUGCCUGCCAAGCUGUCAGCUGAUGGGACUGAUCACCCAAGCGUGGCGCAUGCAGCCAGCCCAACCCCCCUCCUCUCCCCAUUCACAUCUUCUCUCACCCCUUCUUACCACCCUGAUGCCCCUUGUGCCCAGCUCCCCUGCCACAAAUGCCCAGGCAGUACCCACCCCCCGUGCAUAUGCCAGGCUUGUCCCUGCCUGCCCCCUGCCCAUUACACAGAUCCGUGCAGCGUCUGGCAAAUAGUCCUUUGUUUACAUGCAGAGCCUUACUCUGCGGAAGAAGGGCUGGGAUUUGACUGGGGGGAGGGGAGCUGUUUCUGAUCUCUCACCAGCUGUUUCCCGCCUUGAAACAGACAUCAGCUGCAAACACACACUCACAUAGAGAGGCAGAGCACAAGGAGAGAGCAAGAGACAGCCAGACGCCUCCCCCUGAUCAUCUGGGACAUCCUACCCACUACACCAUUGAUCCCGUGCACAUUUCAUACCCUAAUCAAUAGGGCUGAUCAGGGGGUCCUACCCUGCAAGGAACAGGGGGUGCUGCAACUAGGGGGUGCCUCAAGGGGGGGUGGGAGGGGUGCACUUGUGGUUUUUUUCUUUUUUUUGGAGGGGGGUCAGCCUCCUGCUGAUUGCUAUGGAGUAUUUCAUGAUGCCCGCGCAGAAAGUGCCCUCUUUGCAACACUUCAGGAAAACAGAGAAAGAAGUCAUUGGUGGAUUAUGCAGCCUGGCCAAUAUCCCUCUGACACCAGAGACACAGAGAGACCAAGAAAGACGAAUACGCCGGGAGAUUGCGAACAGCAACGAACGUCGUCGGAUGCAGAGCAUUAAUGCUGGAUUUCAGUCUCUUAAAACUCUCAUCCCUCAUACAGAUGGGGAGAAACUCAGCAAGGCUGCAAUACUACAGCAGACGGCAGAAUAUAUAUUCUCACUGGAACAGGAGAAGACCAGAUUAUUACAGCAAAAUAACCAGCUCAAGAGAUUUAUCCAGGAAUUUAGUGGUUCGUCCCCCAAACGGCGGCGGGCAGAAGAUAAGGAUGAAGGGAUUGGCUCCCCGGAUAUUUGGGAGGAGGAGAAAGCGGAGGAUCUGAGGAGGGAAAUGAUAGAGCUGAGACAGCAGCUAGAUAAGGAACGGUCGAUCAGGAUGAUGUUGGAGGAGCAGGUUCGAGCCCUUGAAGCUCACAUGUACCCAGAGAAGCUGAAGGCAAUAGCGCAGCAAAUCCAGGAGGGGGGGCAGACACAGGGGGAGCAGCACGAGGCUCUUGACAGGGGCAAGCAACACCUCUUCUCUCAGCUCCUGCCAGCGCACCUGCCCCCGGCUCCUACUCAUCAUCCCACAGUCAUUGUUCCUGCCCCUACACCCACUUCCCAUCAUGUCAACGUUGUGACAAUGGGUCAUUCCUCUGUAAUCAGCACAGUGUCUACAUCGCGGCAAAAUUUGGACACAAUUGUGCAGGCCAUCCAGCACAUCGAGGGUACGCGGGACAGGCAAUUACAGGAAGAGGAGCAGCGGAGGGCAGUUAUAGUAAACACUUCCCGUCCAUGCGGAGAUUCAGACACAGCGUCCGACACAGAAUGCGAUGAGAGCGAUGCAGAGCAAAGCAAGGAUGACUCCAUGGGCGAUCCCUGACAUCCACUGCCAGAGACAGAGACUGAAGGGAGACAGAGGGAAAGGGGCUGCAAGAGUAUGGCAGAGGCUAUCAGUCUCCAUCCCAAACCUUUAGGGUGUUUUAUAGGUGCAGUUUUAUGCUGACCUCGGAUACUGUAAGUGGGUUGUGGAGGGGGAAAGAGGUAAAAGCACUAUUGGAUUGUCAGAGCCACCAGAGAUACUGAGACUGGUGUAAGCAUGGUAAAGAAGCGGCAACAUCUGCUUAUGUUCAUGCAUAAAGUCCCUCUGUCACCUCCUUUCUUCAUGGAAGUUGUGGACGUCGUCCUGAUAGAAUUUCCCAGCACCACGGCCUGCGUUACUCAGCAAGAAGUUAUUUGGCAGAUAGGAUGAAUUUCCCUUUAAUAGUCUACUGCAGAAUGACGUGAGCUCUAGCCCCUAGCAGAAUCUGGUUAAAUGGGUCGGAGGGUAAAAUUUGUAAACGCAUACACAGUACAAUCUAUAGGUGCAUCGUUGUCUCAAAACAGUUCUUGUACUGAUACAACAAAGGCUCAGGCACAUCAAAUAACUUGCAUAAAGGUCUCUCCUGAAUGAAAAAAGUUCAUAGAUUAAUUUCAUGUAUUAAAGGGAUAUGAAGCCUAAAAAAAAAAAAUAUUUCUUUCAUGAUUCAGACAGAAGACACAUUUUUAAACAACUUAACAUUUUAGUUAAUUAUCAAAUUUGCUUCAUUCUUUUGGUAUCGGCAGCAGUGUAACUUCUGGGAGCUAGCUGAACGCAUUGACAAAGCUAAUGAUGAGGCAUAUAUGUGCAUUGCGCUUGCUACCUAGGUAUGUUUUCCAACUUAGAAUACUAAGAGAACAAAACAAAUUGGGUAAUAGAAUAAAUCAUGAAAGUUUGUUAAUUUUUGACUUUACUGUCCCUUUUAAAAAUCAGAUUUAUUUUUUUUGAAGCAGAGAUAUUGCAAUACAAUACUGUUCCUUAAACCACCUUAUUCCAUAACUGCAUCUGCAGCCAUAAAGAUUCCGUAAUGCAAACAAAUUCUAAAAUAUCUGCGCACGACACUAAUUAAAACAAGUUUGAGUUUUGUAUUCUGACUGGCAGACACUUCAAGUCCUACGUUUUUUGUUUUAUUCUAUUUUUUGCUGAAAACUGCCCUUCAUUUUUGCAAGGAAUUUACAUUUUGAGAUGUCUGCUGGCCUUGUAGGUUGGUUAUACGGAUGCGCAAAAAGAGUAUUCUAGAGCGGCCAGCCAAUGGCUACAAACAUAACGCAUCUCAAACCUUAAAUAAACAUGAAACCCCACAUUUUUCUCUCAUGAUUCAGAUAUAAAUAAAAAGGAAACUUUUUUUUUUAAAAGUUGUAAUCUCUAUUAUCAAAUUUUGUGCUAUUUUAUUCUUUGAAGAGAUAUUUAGAUAGGAAGCAUAAUUAAAGGGACAUGACACCCACAUUUUUUUCUUUCAUGAUUUAGAAAGAGAAUGCAUUUUUAAACAUCUUUCUAAUUUACUUCUAUUAUCUAAUUUGUGUUAUUCUCUUGAUAUUCUUUGCUGAAAAGCAUAUCUAGAUAUGCUCAGUAGCUAAUGAUUGGUUGCUGCACAUAGAAGCCUCAUGUGAUUGGCUCACCCAUGUGCAUUGCUUUUUCUUCAAAUAAGGAUAUCUAAAAAAUGAAGCAAAAUAAAUAAUCAAAGUACAUUUUAAUGUUGUUUAAAUUUUUAUGUUCUAUCUGAAUCAUGAAAGAAAGAUUUUGGGUUUAGUGGCCCUUUAAGUCUGGAGCACUACAUGACAGAAAAUAUUGCUGCGCUUGCUAAUGUGUAACAUUGCUGCAAAACUGCUGCCAUAUUGUUCUGCAGACACGUGCACACUCCUGAACUUAUAGCCCUGGUUUUCAAAAAAAAGAAUAACAAGGAAAAGAAGUAAAUUGGAAAAUUGUUUAAAAUUCUGUUCUAUCACUCCUAUCUGAAUUCUGAAAGAAAUAAAAUUGGGUUUAUGUCCCUUUUAAACUCUGCUAAUUUGUUUAGCUAUUGCCAGAAUUAUUCAGUAAAAAUGUGCAUGAAUUUAUGUGCAUAAUCGCUCACCCAACCCCCUUAACAUUUAAUUAAGGAAAUGCCUUGCUCCCAUGGUCCAAAGUGCAACUGGGCCUUACAAUUCUAGCUUGGCUAAAGUCUGCUGGGAUAAAAGUAACUCCUUAGAGCCUGUGUUUUUGUUUUUCCUCUCCACCUGUAUGGUUUUAAAAUUCCCAAGUCACAAGCACUUAAAUGUUUUCUCUGUUUUGGGAUUAUUCUGCCAGUAGUAAUGUUUGCCAAGCUUGGCAUCAGUUGGAUAAGUUUUUCUUUUUAUAUAUACACACAAAAAUAAUAAUAAAAAAAAGCCUGGAAAUGAGCAUGCUUUCAUGAACAUAGAUAAGUCUCUCAUAUUUUUUUAUGAACAUGUACACCAAUGUGAUGUAAAAUAUAUUAUAGAUUUGUAUUAAAACGUCUAAACUUAGGAGCCAUAAUUGCUGUAAUAAAGAGGGAGUACAUUUAUAGAGAUGCAUUUAUGUUUUAAGAAAUGUAUUCAGUUGCCAUACAAUAAACAUAUGUAUGUCUUAGAAAAUCUAUAUAUAUUUAUAUAUUAGAUCAUACAUACAAGAACACAGGUGUGACACGACGAGGCAUAAUUCUUUCCCCCCCCCCCCCCAUCCCCAAAAGAAUAAAUAAAAAAAUAACUACUUUGCUAGUCCAGAGUGGAAAGAGAUUAGUCCACUAAAUGUUAUUCAUAGUUAAAGAUGGGGGGGACGGGACACUUUUUUUUUUUAAUUUUUAUUUAUGGUCCACUGCAAUUUCUUACUCUCUUGGGACUAGUAAAAAUGUCAAGCCCUGUGUGUUUAUGUGUGUGUGUGUAUAUAUAUAUAUAUAUAUAUAUAUAUAUAUAUAUAUAUAUAUAUAUCUAUAUAAUUAUAAUCUGCAAACUUUUCAUGUGCACUUGUAAAAAUAAGCACUGAAUAUUUUGAACCCUAUUUCUACGGUUAAUAAGUUAUUAAAGGGACAGUAAACUUGAAAUAAAACUUUCAUAAUUCAGAUACAACAUACAAUAUUAAAGAACUUUCCAGUUUGCCGAUUCCUAUCAAAUUUGCUUUUUCUUGGUAUCCUUUGUUGAAGGAGCCACAGUGCACUUCUGGGAGCUAGCUGAACACAGUUGAGCUAACGAGGCAUUUAUGUGCAGCUACCAAUCGGCUCCUAGGCUACCUCCCAGUAGUGCAUUGCUUCUCCUGAGCCUACCUGUGUAUGCUUUUCAACAAAGGAUACCAAGACAACAAAGCAAAUUAGGUCCUAAAAGUAAAUUGGAAAGCUUUUAUAAAUUGCGUGAUCUAUCUUAAUCGUGGAAGUUCUAAUUACUGUCCCUUUAACCAUCUGUAUAAGUACAAGAAGCUGCUUCCAUGAGGCCGGGUAAUUACACAGGGUUUUUGACUCUUCUUGCCUGAUGUUGAGAGACUGCUUGUUCAUCGUUAACAUGUUCAUGUCCAGAACUGACCCCUCUGCCUCUCUCCCUUGCUUGGAUCAUGGAUCUCCCCCUUUGCUGGAUAUGGAUAAAUCUUCCCAUCAUUGUUUUUUGUUUGUUUUUGUUUUUUUAACCAUUUUAAGCUCUUGUGUUUAUGGAGAGAAAAAAAAGCUAUUUUAUAUUUUGUUAAGAAAGUGACAUUAAAAAAAAUCCCUGCAAGGCUGCGGCCUUUGUAAAGGAACUGAAUAAAAA